GGAGGACGCAGGGAUAAAUACAGGUGGCUGCGGGGGGCUGGCCCGUCUGGGUCAGUAGGGUGCAGGGUAACCUCGGGCUGACCUUAUCGGGGCUUCCCACUCACUGGGUGCCCCCCACCCUACUUCCACAUCAGCUGAGCACGUCACAGUUACAGGGUGCAAGGGAUUUUUUGGGGAUGCAGCACCUGAAUAUGAACCCCCCGCCCCCCCAAAGGAGAUGCUCAAUGACCAGCGAGGGCAAGAAGGAAUUCUGGGAAGUCUCUGGGCCGGGGGCCCAUCUGUGGGUCCGAGUCCUGGGCCCAGAGGAUGGGAAAGAAGCUGCCAUAUCGAUUGAUCUUUGCCAGUGCAGUGAUUGUAUCGACCCAGGAGAGGGAGCUGUUGUUGCAUUUCAGUACUUUCCCUGACAGCGGGAACAUCCAUGGUCCAUAAAAAGGAAAUACAGGUGCCCGGUUGGGAUAUUCUACAAAAAAAACAGUGAAAGAACGAAUGAAAUGGAGGAACAACUUCCAAGUUCUUGAUCCCCUGCCAUGUUCCUCCACCAAUUACCUUUUCCAUUUAACGAACAAUAAUCUUCCCACAUGAACAGCAUCUGCCGGAACUUCAUGUGUAAUGGUGGCCGGGCCCCACGCGGAUGUGUCUCCAACAGCGACUUAUUGUUUACUGGGAUUUAUCUGAGCAAAGGAGAGCUCACAUUGAGACAGAAAUGGCGACCAGCAAGAGAUGGCCGGACAACUGGGGCUUUCUAACUACCCCCCCUGCUGAGCUACUGAAAAAUGAAACAGAAGAGAAGAAAGAGCGGCCAUGUUUGGGAACCCCUGAACUCAUGCGCAUUCACCCCGUCACCCCGCUGGAGAAGCACAUCCAGGUUGCUCCCUCGCCCCCCGUGCCCCGCACCACGCAGGGAUUUGUCGGCUGGAGAUCCAGCGUCCCAGAGCUGCAACUGGAUCGCUACGGCAAAUCCAGCUACCCCCAAGGAGACUUCUGUAAGGAGAUGAAGUGGCCCACUGAAGCACUGGACUAACACUGCCCCCCCCCCCCCACCGUGCCAAACACCCCCAACUCAUAGCUGCGCAGCCAACAAACGAACAAGCUCUGCGGCAAUUAAAAGACUCAAAUGACAACA